UCGCGACUUGCCCCUAGCGUCUGGACUUGAGCUUGUCAUCCGAUAAUCUACGUGCCUUUGUUGUCAUCACCAGUCUUGGCGGACUUAGAUCUCUGGUUGGUAGCGAUUGUCCCAUCCAUAUCAGUCCAACAACCAAGACCGGGAGGAGCCUUGAUGAGAUGCAGCCUUGCACGUGCUAAAGGGUGACACCAUCGUCGCCACUGCGAGUUUCAACCUCGUCGAUGACAUGCAUACUCACGGAUGAACGACUAGAUACAACUUUGACUUGAAGUCCAGGUUUGAGCGCGGAGCCUCAAUUACCCUAAUCUUUUCUCGUUGACUUUUCUUUGAGUCGACAUUGCCAACAUGUCCCACCCGAAGCGGAGAUAUCACACCAAAUCCAAGAACGGCUGCCAGGCCUGCAAGAAGCGUCAUGUCAAGUGCGACGAGCAGGGCCCACCAUGUGCCAACUGUGUGACACGAGAGACGGCCUGCGUCUACGGAACGGCGCCUUGUGCGGAGAUUUCCCAGAACGGCGUACGGUCGGGUCCCUUGUCCGAGCCGUCUACAGCACUCGAGAUGGCGCUGCUACAUCGCUGGACUACUACCACCUCCCUCAGUCUUUGCUGUAUCGAGGAGGAAUACGAGGUUAUGCAGGUUCUCGUCCCGCAAACUGCUCUUAAGCUGCCGUUCCUGAUGGACGGGAUGAUGGCCAUCUCGGCCCUGGAUAUCGCCAUCAACGACGAGGGUAGCAAAUACCCAACACUGGACGCAGACUAUCCACUCGUCGCCGCCCGCUAUUACGACCGAGGCCUGACUGCCUUCCGAAAGCUCCUCACCGGGUCUCGGGACAACCUAGACCCCGAAUCCCACCAGGCCAUGGUCAUCUUCUCGUCGAUUGCCGGAAUCAUGAACAUGGCCAUGCCACAGUUCGAUGUUGGUCCUGACGUUGGGGAGUCGUCGACGGGCAGAACUCUUGCUGCAGCCAUGAUCCAUUUCGACAUGAUCCACGGCGCUGGCCAGGUGGUUCUCAUUGCCUUGGAUUGGUUCGAGGCAGGCCCGUACCCGACCAACGCCCGGCCCAACUGGAAGGAGGAUGUCCUGUUUGAGCUCUUGGACGAGGACACCAAGGCUGCCGUGGCCCACCUCCAGACAGUGAACGACAUGGUAACUCGGGAAGACGGGAGCCUCCCGACGCCCCCUUCGAGUGGGAAAGAUGCAGACGGCAGCACAAACACCGACUCGGAAGCCGCAAGGAGCACCAAGGCCAUGUACAAGAAGGCCAUCUCGUACCUGGAAGAGUUCUUCGCCCGCACACUGGACCGCAACACAAGAGGCUUCGGCCUCCUCUGGCCCACCAUGGCUGGUGCCGAGUACGCGGCUGCGGCGCGGCGGUCCGAGCCGCUCGCUAUACUCCUACUCAUGUACUGGGGCGUCAUUCUCCACCGCAUGUCCAAAGACUACUGGUGGGCCGGUCGGCCAGGCAGGGCGCUGGUACGCGAGGGCGAGGUCGCGCUGCGGUCGUCGCCACACGCGAUGCUGCCGACCUGGGUCCAGAGCGUCGAAUGGGCCUUGGCCGCGAUUGGAGAGACCAGGGCGGCAUGAGGGACGGUGAUUUAAUGCCACGGGCGGCAGCAGGGCCGGGCCGAGGCACCUGCACAGCACGUGGAUCGUGGCAAGGCUCGAACGCAGUGCACCCUCAAACUUCCACCACCUUCCUGUGGCUCUCUAUCCACCCAACUCCUCGGAUCUCACCCCGAACCUGGGUAUCGCAGUAGUCGACAUGUGUGAAGGAGCGGCAGGGAUACCGGCGCAUCGCUCAAUAUCCGCGUUGUCUUGGCCGGAUCCUUUGGCCGCAGUGGUCCCGGUGGUGUUGCCCUCUUCACCUGCGGGCGAGGACACUUGCGCUCCUUCCCAUGCAAGCGGGCUUUCUUCGACCUCAAUUGUCCAACUGCUGGGCCCGGAUAUUGGGCAAUAGCUCGACAGUAACUGCCCCUAGGCUCUCAGUGCACCUGCGUCUAAAGACCGUGGUGCCGGCCAAGAAGUCAUGCUGGCGGUCGGGACAUUUUUUUGCUGCUGGGGCACAGCAUAGGCAAGGCACCCUUCGUCACGGCAGUUUGGGCGGUUAGAUACCUCCAUUGCAUGCUUUAGUGUGUGCAAGCAUACAAGACACGCUGCCUCAAAGUAUCUCUGGGGAGUCAUCGUCACGACUGCGCCCACUAAACACACUACCCGUUCCGUGAUUCGUCAGCGCCCGUAUUCUAACAUCUCAGAAACCACGCACGGCGCUCUCGCGUUCACAGACAUGUGAGAUAGGGAACCGAGUCAGUCGAGAGGGUGGCGAUGGGACGCGGUCGUGGUGGUUCGGAGGUUCGUAGAGACCAUGGUCAGCUUUCUAGUGUCUCUAAUGCUAUGCGCGAAAUCUAGGCGUGUCUAGGGUAGCUCAUUUUGACGUUGGAUGAUGAGGUUGAGGCGAUUGGGCGGCGAGAUGUCGUCGGGUCUUGGCCUAAUUUUUGUUUGAUGGCUGUCGUUGCUUGAAGUCCUCGGCAAGUGGCCCUCGGAUCGACGCGAUGGACGGUUCCACAAGGAGAACCCAUUUGCGCCCCACAUGUCGACAAGGCCGCGUCACGCUUCGACCUCGUGCUCGCACAUGUUUC